AAAACCUGUUGCAUUUUGCAGUGUUCGAAUGAAACAAAUUAGUAAUUCUAACCAGUUUUUUAGGAUUUUUAAUGAAAAAAGCAGGUAGACGUAUCAGCAAAAUAUGGAGCAAUAUUUAAAGAAGCACUACGACGAGGAAAUCACUAAUUUACUGAACAAUUCAGAUGAUUUGGUUCACGUUUCACUGGCUGUUAACUUAGCCCAUAUCCAGCAAAAACAACUCGCGCUGUACGAUGCCUUGCUUCGCGAUCCUCACCAACAACUGCCCAAAUGGAACACAAGUCUAGUAGAAGCACAGAAAUCGCUCAUCGAAGGAAACAUGUUCCUCGAGCCGGACUUCCAAAUCAAGCAUAACUGCCAUGUCCGGUUCGUCAACAUGCCGCAGACGGCUGCUCAGGCGGUGCGCAAAGUUGCAUUCCCCAACAACGACCACGUAGGUCAGUUUCUCCAGAUAAAGGGCAGGGUGUUCCGAAUGUCGCAAGCCAAUUUUCUGGAGUUUAAACGAGAGUACGUUUGCAACCGUUGUCAGCAUGAAUUCAUUCUGGAAGCUCAGUACGAACAGAGCUAUGUGUUUGAUCCGCCUCGAUGCUGUCCGAUGGCUAGCGAAACCGGAUGCAAAGGUUUUCCGCAGCAAAAAAAUGGACAACCACAGCCCGAUUAUUGCCGACAUUUUCAGGAGGUGCGAGUUCAGGAGAUUAUGAGUGAAAAGAAUGUGCCAACCAUGCUUGUUAUUACACUCGAAAAUGACCUGGUGGAUAGUUGCCAGCCGGGAGAUUGUGUAACCGUUGUUGGGACAAUGGAACGUCGCUGGGCUCCGCUGAUGCCAGGAAAGAAGACUUUAGCUACCGUUUCGAUGAGGGCAAACAGUGUAUCAAAGGACGAAAGUAAAACGGCAUUUGGGAAGGAUUUGCCAGAACAUCUUGUUUUCACAAGAGCCGAAUGGCAAAAUACUGUCAAGGAUAUCGGAGAACUAGCGGCAAGGGAUGUGCUGGUACAGUCGAUAUGCCCGGAGAUUUAUGGAUUGUAUCCGGUGAAGCUUGCUUUGGCUCUUGCGCUAGCUAGCUGUACCGAGCGAUAUAUGGGCGGUGGGACGACCAUUCGGGGACAUUCGCAUUUGCUGCUUGUUGGUGAUCCGGGGUUGGCUAAAUCUCGGCUGUUGAAAUGUGCUUCAGAAAUUGCAGUUCGUUCGGUGUUUACUACGGGAGUGGGAUGUUCCGCCGCCGGUUUGACAGCUGCUGCCGUGAAGGAGGAUGGCGAAUGGCAGUUGGAGGCGGGAGCGCUGGUUUUAGCCGAUGGUGGUAUUUGCUGUAUUGAUGAGUUCAAUCUGAUGCGUGAAAUGGACAAGGGGUCACUUCACGAAGCGAUGGAACAGCAACGGAUAAGUAUGGCUAAGGCCGGGUUGGUUUGCAAGUUAAGUUCACGGUGUGUCGUGUUGGCUGCUACCAAUCCGAAGAAUUUGUUUUCCAUGGCUGAAAUGGAGGUGAAAUCAAGUCUGGGAAUCGGUGGACCACUGCUGAGUCGAUUUGAUCUUGUGCUGACGCUUUGCGAUUCCGGAGAUGUAGAGUGGGACCGUCCGGUUUCGAAUCAUGUUUUGUCAUUUUCCGUAAGCGAAGAAUCUAGAGAAAAGUUUGCGCAGACACCUUUCGGAGGGCACUGGGAUUUGGAGCGGCUGCAGACUCAUUUCCAGGCGAUUCGGGAUAUUCAUCCAAAAAUAACGGACGAUGCCAAUACUAUAUUAUCGGCGUACUAUAAACGUUGCCGGACGGAUGCAGCAGGUUCCUGUGCUCGCACAACCGCCCGCUUAUUGGACAGUUUGGUUCGGCUAUCACAAGCGUACGCUCGGUUGAUGUUUCGUGAAGAAGUUACUGCUCUGGAUGCGUUGAUUACUAUUCGGCUUAUGGAUUCCAGUUGGGGAUUCGGAAGAGUAUUUUGUCCGAUCGAUUUAAUUCGAGCUCCGCUUCCGUUGGGCCCCGAUUCGGUGGAAAUAGUUGAGAUGUUGCAGCAGCUACAACUUACUCAACUCGUGCAAGAAAUUGCGAUCGAUCAGGUAGACGAAUCAAAAGUAGAUCAGUACCGGAAGAAAUUAGCUGCUGAAGCUAAACAGAAGGAGUCAGCUCCAGUGUGCAGUUGGGAUUCCGUCAGCACUCAACCGCUGAAUAGAUUUGAGGAGCAAGUUCUUAGGGAGUUGGAUAAUAAUAAGACUGACGAACCUACGGUCGUUGAAACCGAUCACGUUCAAUCGCAAAAACGCAAAACACUGGAAGAUGGCAGUGAUCUUUAUUCGAAGUACUCAUUUACCCAGCACAAGAAGAAUACCGUCAAAAAGAUCAAAGGCAGUGAACCGGUAAAAUCUCAUUCACCUAAAACGUCGAAAAAAAGUACAUCUAAGAGCACUCCGGAAACUGAUCCUAAAUUAAAAGAAAAUUUAGGUAACGACGAACUGGAUUGUAUCCUAAGUAGUUUGCGGCAAAAUUUUUUGCAGGAAUUGUCGAAAGCUACCCAACCGGAGAAACCGAGUGAUAAUCCAGAUGGAAUUACACCCCGGACUAGUCAGUCGAAUGUUAGUUUUCCACUGAUCAGCAGUGGAAGGUCCCGAGCAUCACGAGAAGAAUCUUUCAACGCCAUGCUUGAUGUGAGCAGUCUGUUGGAUGAUGACAGUGAUGAGGACGUUAACAUCGCUAGUCAAUCAAAAGACGAACAAACGGCCAGUCUAGCAUCUACGGAAACUGGUCUCAGCGUGUUUGAUGAUUCUGCUAUCUUUAAAACAAAUACCGUAGAAACAACAGAAAUGUCCUCACGUUUUAGUAAGGAUCAUGCUCUGCUCGUUAAUCCCAUUGAGCCAAGCUCCAGUGUUCCUACGAGUAAAUUCACGUUUAAACGACCCCACCGAGAACAGUUAAUGGCCACAGAACCAUCACCCGCAUCGACCAUACGGCAUACAAAUGAAAGCCCCAUUCGCACUGACGAGAAUUUGCGAUUAUCUGAGCAAGUGCCCAUCGAACAAUCUGGUUCGAGCGUAGCAAGUAAAGACCAAUCCCAAUCAAGAUUCCAAUGUAGUUGGCCAAGAAGACAAGCCGUUUCCACGCAACCCGUUUCUGAAGCAACUGUUUCGCGUGAUGAAUCGAAAGCCACUCCCGCUAAGACAAAUCCCGUACAGGUUAGUCAACUACUGGAUUUUCUGAACGAAGACGACAUUUUUGGCCAGCAGGAAAAUAAUAAUCCUUCGGAAAGUAGCUGUCAGCGGAAGCAAUUGUCCAAGCAAACUUUGAACAAGAUGCGAGAGUUCGAGUUUGUUCGAAGGGAAGAUGACACAGUUCGGGCCGAUACCGUCGAACCAAAGGAUGACAGCGCUUAUGAGUCUCAGUCGGCAGGGACGAGUGAGAACAAAAGUGGGGGAAGUAAGGUAAACAAGUUUGUGGAGACUGGCGUUUUUGUGACCCUUGGAGAACAAAGAGAUCCGGACGAGGAUUUGGCAUUCUUAGAUGCAAUUGAUUUUUGAUUUUGUAAGGGAAAUACAUUACAAAAAUAAUGUAAAUAUUAGUCCUUGUAGUACAUUUUUGGUGUAGAGUGGGUCUGAUCAGCACUUCUGCCCUAGUCAAAAAAUGCGUGCCUCCCUCAACUCAAACUUAAAC